UUGAAACAGCUGUCUGCGAGCUGAGAUCGCAGAUCGCAGCAGCUGAACAGGAGAUUUGUGAGGCUGUAAUAUUAUCAGCGUCUGAGUUGCUAUGCCUCGGUAAGCAGAGCUGGCAGACUGAAGACCCAGAGAGGUGCAAGUGGAAAUCAAAACUGGUUGCAGAGAGAGGACGUUGUCUGGAAGUGGCUGGUUUGGCCACAACGACCCGCUCAUUGGCACUCAACAAAGUCUCAGGUCAUGGACAGCACUUUUUUUGCUACCACAGCUCCAAGCAGAGGUGGAAAGCAGGUACAACAGGCACAGCUCCAGGGAGUGGCGUGGGAGGGAAGCUGAAGAGGAGGAGCGUGAGGAAACCAGGCUGCCACUGCUUUACCACUGCUUCAUCCUCAGCCUUCCUGGCACAGACUUAUCCUCUAUCACAAGAUCUUCUCCAUCUGGAGCUACCAAACCUCCUAGAUGAGACCAGUUCCUCAGAACCUUUUGUCUUACUUCCUGGAAGACAUAGAAUCUGGAAUAAUCAUUUGAAGAAAAUUGCUCCCCAAAGCAAAGGCACAGAGCAUUGGAAAACCCAAGCAUUCAGCCUCUGGCCACCAUUAACAAACGCAGACCUUCCCCACAGCAAUCAGGGCUGCAGCAACUGCUCCCUGGUCUCCAAGAAACCUAGCCCCAUGGAGGAGGAGGAAGACAGCUUUAUGCUUUUCUUAGGGGCCAACACCAGCAAUUGCAGCCUCAAGACUAACGAAACAGGAGACCCACCAUGCUGGUCAGGGGCUGCCAAGGGAGGUCCUGAGGUGGUGAUUGUACCGGUGCUUUUUGGCUUCAUUUUUCUCCUGGGAAUGGUGGGGAACACACUGGUGUUGGUUGUUUUAGGUCGUCUCCGGCCUGGGGGACGCCCAUCACGAAGUGCCACCAACAUCUUCAUCCUGAACCUGAGCAUUGCAGACUUUUCCUUUUUACUCUUCUGCGUCCCCUUCCAGGCCACCAUCUACUCCCUUCCAGAGUGGAUCUUUGGUGCCUUCUUUUGCAAGUGGGUUCACUACUUGGCCAUGGCAACAAUGCUGGUCAGCAUCUUUACUCUAGUGGCCAUGUCUGUGGACAGAUACAUCGCUGUGGUUCACGCCAAGCGUUCGUCUGGCAUCCGCAGCAAGCGCAACGCUGCCCUCGGUGUGGGUGUCAUCUGGUUGCUGUCUCUACUUAUUGCCAUCCCUGUGGCCCAGCACCAGGCCCUUAUGAGCGGUCAUCAACAAGCACCCAACAGCUCCUUCUGCUGGGAGAAUUGGGCAGAGGGCUCAACAGCCAAGCAGACGUACAAGGUUAUGAUCCUGCUAGUGGGAUACCUCCUGCCUCUGGUGCUCAUCACCUGCUGCUACGCCAAGGUUUUGUAUCAUCUCCACACAAAAGUAAAGAAUAUUUCUAAGAAGUCAGAAAGAUCAAAGAAGAAGACAGCACAGACAGUGCUUCUGGUGGUUGCUGUGUUCCUGCUCUCCUGGCUGCCGCACCACAUCAUCACAAUGUGGGCAGAGUUUGGGCACUUUCCCCUCAACAACAUCUCCUUCACCUUCCGCAUCAUCUCCCAUUGCUUGGCCUACGGGAACUCCUGCAUCAACCCCAUCAUUUACGCUUUCCUCUCAGAGAACUUCCGCAAGGCCUGUCAGCAGGCCUUCAACUGCAAGUGCUUCCUGCAGCCAGUCCCCACUGAGAAGCUGGUCAGAAUACGCAUGGAGAACUUCUCUACCACACACUCAACCACUAACGUGUAAGCAGGGCUCAGAAAUACCUUUCAGGAGGAGAGAGAAGGGUGGUGUCUGGCAGAACUGCUGUACAAGAGCAUUUUAGGUACCUUGCUGCUAGGCACCAUCAGAAGUGUCUGAAUGCCCUUGUGGUGCCCCUCAGAGGAAACAGUUGUAGUUAUGCCCAUAAAGGAUGUGUUUAAACAGAAGGUAUAAUUACAGAUAGACAUGAAAUGAGCAAGUUAACAAUUCUGUGCAUGGACUGUUAUGGGGUGUGAGUGAUGAGUGACAUGACUUUUAUUGAGGGCACUGAGAAGCAGCUCAGUAAUAUAACUUAAAGAUCAGUGAAUACGCCUGUUUCUUAAGCAACCAUUUUACCAUGUGAGCUAUGUAUGUUUUCAGCUGUGACGGAAUCUCUACAUCUCCUGGAAGUCUUUGCCAUAGUAUUUACUUACCAUGUAGUAUAGCGUGAGGUGUCACUGAUGCAGAUGUCUGCAUUUGAUGGCUCUGUAGAGGCUUGCAUUCCCCAGGGUCUCAAUGCCUGCAUACUCCUGGAUGUAAUUACUUCUGCUGAUGACUAAUAACAACUGCCUAAUAACUGAGAUUUCUCAAAAUAUGCUUAGAAGAACUGUUCUUGUUUGAAAGUGAUAUUUACACAAGGCUUUAAUGGUGCAUGUGUUGUUCCCUAAGCAUAUCUACCCAAAGCUUUUUAUUGCAUACAUUCUUAUGCAAAUGCUAAAAUGCCUUCUUUUGGUUGAAUGUUUAAGUUUACAGUUAUGAUUUGUGAAUGUACAAAGUGUGUGUUACUUCAAGUUUAAGAAGCAUAUGGCCCAAAGGCUGUUACCG